AUCCUGCAACCCACCAAGGUUAAGAACAAGUGCUUAGCUAUUAGACUUGUGUUUUGCCUAUAAAUUUUGAUAGAGAGUUUGAUGGGCUUGAAUAUUUGAGUUCUAAUGCUUGGAAUUGGUGUAUGAAAGCUUGUUGUAUUGUCUCAAGCUGGUGUGAUUUCAUAAUGGGUGGUCUGAUUUUGGAUGACUGCAAGAUUGCCAUAGACAAGCAAGAGAAUGGUGGGGAGAAUUCGUCCAAAAUACAGAGUGCAUGUAAGAAGAUAGUGAUUAAAAUGAUGGGCAUUGUGAAAAAUCUGGCUAGAGAAGUGUUUAUGUUGGGCAAAGAUGAUCCACGGAGAGUCAUACAUGCAGUCAAAGUUGGGUUGGCUAUCUCAGUUGCCUCAUUGUUCUAUCUGAUGGAGCCUCUCUUCGAUGGAGUGGGUGAAGAUGCCAUUUGGGCUAUCAUUACUGUUGUUGUUGUGUCUGAAUUCACAGCAGGUGCUACUCUGCAUAAGGGGCUGAGCAGAGGAAUAGGUACAGUGGUAGCAGGUUCUCUUGCUGUAUUGGUUAUUCAUAUUGCAGAGUUGGCCGGCGUAGUUGGAGAGCCUAUCAUCAUUGCUUCUUUCUGUUUCAUUAUUGGAGCAACUGCAACGUUCUUUCGUUUCUUCCCCAAGAUAAAGAGAAAAUAUGAAUACGGCUUGCAGAUUUUCAUUCUGAAUUUCAGCGUGAUAACAGUUUCUGGAUAUAGAGUUGACAACAUAUUAGUCAUGUCUUGCCACCGCCUUUACACAAUGGCAAUUGGAUUCACCACGGCCCUCCUUAUUAAUCUCUGUAUUUCUCCCAAUUGGGCAGGAGAGGAUCUUCACCACUCCAUUGUUAAGAGAAUUCAUGCUCUAGCAGAUUCUCUUGAAGGGUGUAUGAUGGAGUACAUCAAAGGCUACGAGAAUUGUAAGAUGAAUGAAGGCGAAUCAAUCAAAAGUUUAGAAGACACAAUCUUCAAGGGAUGUAAUGAUCUCUUAGAUUCUAAGACCAGCGAACAAUCCUUGGCAAGUUUUGCACGUUGGGAGCCGGGUCAUGGCAAGUUCAGAUUCAGGCAUCCAUGGAAGCAAUAUGUGAAAGUAGGAGGCAUGCUUCGUCACAUGGCUUACUGUGUAGUGGCCUUGCAUGAAUGCAUUCACUCCCAACAUGAGAGAUCCCACUUUAGCCAAUUGGAACUCUACAAGUCAUACUCCUAUAAAGUGGGUAUGGAGGCAGCGAAAGUUAUGCAUGAAUUGGGUGAGAGCAUAAAAUGCAUGAAGAAAUGUCCUCCUCCACAGUCCAUGAUGGAGAGUUUGAAUGUUGCAGUUGAGGAGCUCAUUUUUUUAGUCUGCAUUGAGCACAGAGUAUGGCAUGUUAUCAAUCCAGAUGAAAAGAACACAAGUCCUGUGAAAAUCACUGACCUAAGUGGAAACCCAAGUGGGCAUCAUGAUAAGCCACUGCAUAUCAGUAUUUUAAUACCUCAUCUUAAUGAAGGAGAGCAUGUCAGUAUUUCAACACCUCAUCUUAAUGAAGGAGAAAAUAUCAGUAUUUCAAUACCUCAUCUUAAUGAAGGAGAGAAUAGUGAUGUUGAGAUGCAGUCUGAAAGUAAAUGCAACGUGGCAAAAGGUGUUGAACCAUCAGCCACCUUUCCUUCACUUGUGAUUGAGAUGGUACGAAGACUAGAGCAUCUUGUAGAGAGUAUACAUGAACUUGGGAAGCUUGCUGCCUUUUAAACUUUAGCUCUUAUCAGACACAAAAAUAAGAGGAGGAAGCUAGUUAAGGUUGUAGUACAAGGUAUAUGUUCAGAGUUGUAUGUUACAAGG